GUUGGAGUCUGGGAAAUGUGGGAUGGGGUGGGGGAGAGGAGCUGGGCGCCGGGCAUUGCGCGGCCCUAUGGUGUCCCCAAGGGGCUGCUGCAGUGGCAGCCUCAGCUGGGGAAGAGAACAGAAGGAGGAGCCCAACCUCAGAGCCCAGUGGAGUGGACUCUGGCUAAUACAGAGAAAGAACGAGGGCGGCUAGGAGGAAGCUUUCCGAGAGGGGACCGGGGGCCUGGGGGCCCCGGUGGGGCGGACUGGGGAGGGCCCCCACGUGGGCAUCGGGGCUGGAUCUCCCCCAGCUCCUGCCCCCUUUUUGCGUGGAAACGCGCUUCCUCUUCCGUCCUCCCCCCACCCACUCCUCCUCCACCUUCUCUUGGGAGCCCAGAGAUAAAGUCCGUGCAGGGACAAGGGGCAGCCUCGGAACUUGUCACUCCUUGGACUGCGACUGUCGGGAGAGACUCAUUCCUCGGCUGCCCCCCCCCCCCCAGCGGGGACAACCUAAAAGUCGGGGUGCUGCCAGAGGGGGCGGGAAAAGUCCCCCCCCCCCCGAAGCUCAUAUUGCGCCAGGAAGCGGGACUGGACUUUCGGGUCCUUGGGAUCAGCUGCUGCCUGGUGGGAGUCGGACUCCGGAGGCAGAAUCUACCCCAAGUCGUCUGCUGGUCCGGGGCAAAGCUCCUUCGGGGAAAUGAAGAAGCCAGACGUGAAGAUUGUGCUGCUGGGGGACAUGAAUGUCGGCAAAACCUCUCUGUUACACAGGUACAUGGAGAGGCGCUUCCAAGAAACUGUCAGCACGGUCGGGGGAGCCUUCUACCUGAAGCAGUGGCGGUCCUACAACAUCUCCAUCUGGGACACUGCAGGAAGGGAGCAGUUCCACGGCCUCGGCUCCAUGUACUGCCGGGGCGCCACCGCCAUCAUCCUCACCUAUGACGUCAAUCACUUGCAGAGCCUCGUGGAGCUGGAAGACAGGUUCCUAUCGCUGACGGACACAGCCAGCACGGACUGCCUCUUCGCCAUCGUGGGGAACAAGAUAGACCUCACGGACGAAGGUGACGCGGAAGGUGGCGCCGAAGGGCUGAAGGAGCAGGGGAAGGCGCUCAGCGGCAGAGCCCGAGCGUCCCGGCGGGUGCGGCUGGACGAUGCCGUGGCUCUGUACAAGAAGAUUCUUAAAUACAGAAUGUUGGACGAGAAGGAGGUGCCGGCUGCCGAAGAGAUGUGCUUUGAGACCAGCGCCAAGACGGGCUACAACGUGGACCACGUGUUCGAAACCCUGUUCGACAUGGUGGUGCCCAUCAUUUUGCGCCAGAGAGCCGAGGGGCCCUCCCAGACUGUGGAUAUCACUAAUUAUAAGCCCGUGAAAAGGACCCAAUCCAGGUGUUGUGACUAAACCGCCUUUUUUUUUUACUUUCCAACUGGCAAGGAAGCUUCCGAUGAAAUUCACUGAAUUUUGGACAGGAAAAAUAUAUAUAAAUUGGAGAGAAAUCUAGAAACGGUAUUUAGAAUGCUUGGGGAAGAGCUCUGUGGAGAGACUUCGUUUCAUUAAGAAAAAAAUCAAGGAUGUGAAACUCCUCUUUCGGGCAUUAUUUGUGCUAAUGUUGGCAGUAGGAGGCAACUGACUAUUCCGUGGUUUUCACCUCCUGGUACAAUCGACUCCUCCUCCCUUAAAGCAGCCUCCGAGAUUUCUCUGUAAGCUUGGACAGUUGCCCUAGCCUGUGAAUUGUCCUCCACACUUCUGUUUCUGUCAAGCUGCACCUUUUAUAUUUAUGUUGUUUGAAAAUCUUUUUCUCCUGUAACUUAAUUUAAACCCUUCCUGCCAUUUGAUUUGAGUACUUUUUAUGAACCACGAAAGGGAUUCUCCUUGGCCAUGGGCCACUGAGACAAGUUGUUAGAUGAAUGGUUUCCCUCUUGGUCCUGCUCUCUUACGAAGGAGAUACUCCAAUUGUUUCUGAAAAGACGCCUUGAGCAUGUGUGGGGAAAAGGGAGGUGAAAUCAGAGUCCCUCUUUUCCUAGAAACACCAAAUAGGAGCCCUUUGCUGGGAAGGGAAGAGCGGAGAGAAAACCAUCUCAGACCUGUAGGAAUGGAAACCAGAAAGGUCUCAAGAGCUGGAAAGGUUUGAUUUGAAUCUGAGGAGGCUCUCAGCCCUUGAAAUAUAUGCCUAAAAUCCCGGUACCCUAUUGAAACAUCCAUGGAUGCUAGUUUCUGAGCAACCGGAUGAAUUUUGUGUGGAACAAACUUUUAAAAGAUGUGGUUUUCCGAGGCAGCUGUGACUCAAGGUCUGUUUACUUUUGACACUCCUGAAUAAAGAUCUGCUUUUGCCUAAGUGUGAUAUUAAUUCCUAAGGCUUUAGCUAUAUAUCCGAAAAACAACCAGCUGAAAAGUAAGGAUUCUGGUCCAACAACAGUUUUUUUCUUUGAGAAAAGAGCCAAUGGCAUUAAUUUAUUUUUUCAUGGAUUUAGUUUCAUUUGGCAGAAGCUAAAAACUUGUUUUCCUUUUUAUUAGUGAUACAUAUAUAUUCUGGAAUAGUCUCUUGGGAAAGGCUGUGGAAUAUUUGUCUCUGAAAGGAUUGAUUUUUUUCAAAAUCAGAAAUGAAUUAUAAGUAAUGACUUGAUUAUCACCCUGACUCAACUCAGCAUACAUUUAUUAAAACAUCUGUUACAUGUCAGGGAUAGCUAGGUGGUGUAGCGGCUAGAACAGUGGCCCUGGCAUCAGGGAAGACCUGAGUUCAAAUCCAUUCUCAGAUACUUACUAACUGGGUGACCCUGGUUAAGUUACUAAACUCCUUUUUUUGUCUCAGUUCUUCCUUUGUAAAAUGGGGACACACCAGAGAAGGAAACACCAAGUCACUCCAGUAUUUUUUGCCAAGAAAAACUUAUGGAAAAGUCCAUGGAACCACAAAGGACUGAACACUACUGAAUAACAGCACCAAUGUGCCAGGCACUGUGCUAGAUGCUGGGGAUACAAAUUAGAAAGACAAUCCCAGCUUCCAAGGAGCUAACAGUCUAACAGGGGAAGACAACACACAGAAGGAAAUGUGAGGAGAUUUAUUUUUAUUAUAGACUGAGAUAUUCCUACAUUUGAGUUUAGAAUUAGAAACUCCAUUCAGUCCCUCAGGCUCUGUGCUAUUCCUUUAUGCCCUUCCCAAAGAAUUUCUUCCAUCAUGGAACAGAUAGGAACUUGAAAUUACAGGAGAGAUGUGAGAUCUGCCUUAUGUGGUAGAUAGAACCAGUUUUUGCUGGAUGUACCCCCACAUAGCCCAACUGGAUCCUUGGACCAUUCAUUCAGAAUCACUGGAGAAGGAAACAUGAUUGGGCAGAAUUAGAUUCUGCAGGAGACUUUGUCCAUGGUUGGCCCUUCAUCGCCAGGGGAUGGAGAGAAGCUGAGAAUCCCCAUGGACCAUCUCCUCAUUGGCUAAUCACUGGUUAGAGAUGUCUUGGGAUGUCCAAGGGAACUGCUGGAUAAAGAGCUGCCAAAUUGUGUUGAAGGGCCUGCCCAAGGGGACUUUGGGGUCCUUCAUUACUUAGAGAAUCAUUUGACCAGAUAUAAUUUUCUUGACCUGCCAAUUAAUAAAUUAAUUUACUACCCACAA